AUGGCGAACGAGAAGACCGACUCGCCGGUGACCCCCAUUGAAGUUGGGAGGACACAGGGCAUAUUGACGGGCGAGAAGCUCCCAGCUGACGCUCACACUCAAGAGCUCCAUCGCCUAGACUCCGAGGAGCAUGUCUUUGAAUCACACCUGAAUGUCACCGAGGACGAUCUCGUCGAGGCCAAGGCCAUCGCUGCCACCCUCUCCCUGGAGGGAGUGCGCAAGAUGAUGCAGAAUGUGCUCAAGAUCCACGACCGUGACCCGAACUUCCCUUACAGUGUUCUCAUCAAGAUCCACGAGUUUCUGGAUAACGAUGAUGUCCUCGAGAACCCCGAGAAGCACGAGGAAAUCAUAUGGGAGAUGAAAUUGGAGGCUGCCCUAAUCACCAACAACAGCCCCUACGCAGAGGUGCGAGCUGUUGUCGAUAACAAAGACGACCCUUCAAUGCCUUGCGGCACCAUUCGUGCUUGGACUAUUGGUGUCUUCUUCUCUGUCUUCCUUGCCUUUAUCAACCAGCUUUUCAGCGUCCGCCAACCGCUCAUCAGUAUCGAGUCCAACGUCGCCCAACUUUUGGCGUUUCCCCUCGGUAAGGCCUGGGAGAAGUGGAUGCCCAAUACCAUGAUCCCUCUUGGCUUCGGUGUCAAAUUGCCCCUGAACCCCGGUCGCUUCAACAAGAAAGAGCAUAUGCUCAUCGCCAUCAUGGCAAACACUGCCAAGUCCUUGCCUUACACGCAGUACAUCGUCUGGACCCAGGUUUUGCCUCAGUACUUCAACCAGCCGUACGCCAAGAGCUUCGCCUACCAGAUCCUGAUCGCGCUGUCUACCAACUUCAUCGGUUACGGACUUGCUGGUCUCACACGGCGAUUCAUCGUCUACCCCUCCUACUGCGUGUGGCCCGCGUCCCUCGUCACGAUCGCUCUCAACUCGGCACUCCACAACGAGACGAACGUCGCUGUUCCCGGACCUUUCAAGAAGCUGUAUUCGAUGACCCGAUACAAGUUCUUCCUUUGGUCUUUUGGCGCCAUGUUCAUUUACUUCUGGUUCCCCAACUACCUGUUUGAGGUCCUUACCUUCUUCAGCUGGAUGACGUGGAUUUCGCCAAACAACCAUAACCUGGAGAUCCUUACCGGCUUCCGAAACGGCCUAGGCUUGUUCAACUUCUGGCCAACAUUCGACUGGAAUGUUAUGCUGUUCGAUAGUGUCGACCCUCUCAUGGUACCCGCCUUUUCAACCUUCAACCGCACGCUGGGUAUGUUCCUGCUUGGAUUUGUUAUCAUGGGUAUCUACUUCACCAACGCGUGGAACACCGGCUAUAUUCCCAUCAACUCCAACCGUGUUUACGACCAUUUCGGCAAGCUCUACAACGUAUCUAGAGCCCUUGAUGACCGUGGUAUGUACGACCACGAAAAGUAUAUGGACUACUCGGCUGCUUAUCUCGGCGCCGCCAACACCCUGGUUUACGGCUCGUUCUUCGCCCUGUACGCCGCUGCCAUUACUCACGUAGCCAUCUUCCACCGUUACGAAAUCAUUAUGGGAUUCAAGAACAUGUGGAACACCAUUCGGCGGAGAAAGACCACCAAGGAAGGCGAGGAUGAGGGAGAGUACAAGGACAUUCACAACCGACUGAUGGCCAACUACCCCGAAGUCUCUGAAUGGUGGUACCUUGGUACACUCGUCGUCGCGUCCGGCUUUGGAUUUGCUGGUGUUGCCGGCUGGCCUACGUACACUACCCCUGGUGUUGUUCCCUAUGGUGUCUUCCUUGCCGUCAUUUUUGUCAUUCCGAUCGGUAUAAUCAAGGCUAUGACAGGCAUCGAGGUAACCUUGAACGUCUUGGCUGAGUUUAUUGGUGGUAUGUGGGUUGAGGGCAAUGCUCUGGCUAUGAACUUCUUCAAGUCUUUCGGAUACGUCACCUGCGCCCACGCUGUUCAUUUCGCGAAUGACCUCAAGGUGGCACAUUACCUCAAGAUCCCUCCCAGGCAAACCUUCGCCUGCCAGAUGAUUGCAACUCUGAUCUCGACUUUUGUGUGCACUGGAGUCAUCAACUUCCAGGUGAAUAUUAAUUCUAUCUGCACCCCAGACGCGCCGAUGCGUCUCUUCUGCCCCGGUCCCAACACCUUCUUCACAGCCGCCGUCCUCUGGGGUACCAUUGGACCGAUUAAGGUGUUCGGCCACCAGGGUCAGUACAACUACCUGCUGCUUGGCUUCCCGGUUGGCAUCGCUCUGCCCAUCAUCUUCUACUACUGCAUCAAGUUCUUCCCCAAGAACCGAUAUCUCCGCCAGUUCCACCCCGUCGCUCUCUUCUACGGAGGUGUCAACUGGGCCCCGUACAGCUUCUCGUACGCCUGGCCCGCCGUGCCUAUCGCCUGGCUGUCUUGGAUCUACGUCCGUAGCCGCUACCUCGCAUUCUGGUCAAAGUACAACUUCGUCUUGUCUGCCUCCUUCUCCGCUGGUAUCGCCAUCGCCGGCAUCCUCAUGCUCUUCACCGUUCAGUGGGUUGGCGCUGAGGUCUCUUGGUGGGGCAACGAACAGAUUGCUGCCGGCUGCGAGGGCACCGCGUGUACCCUCAAGACCCUCGCCGAGGGCGAGCGAUUCUACCCAUGGUGGAACCCAUCUCAGGUCCCGGCUCCUUAA